CUCAUUCGGGGUCGCCGCUCCUAUGUGGAACCGCAGGCUUGAGCCCGCAAAGUGAGCUCCAGCGGGUCCUCUGCCCCAGACCGCCUGCCAGCGAAGGUCCUCCUGGGGCGAGGCCACGUCCGAGGUAGGACUCGGAAGGUCUCCAGUCUUUGUUCUUCGCAGCGAAGGGGCGGGGCCGCGUCAGAUCCCGUCCCGGAAGCGGAAGUGCAGGCAUCGCGGUGUCCGGUCCACUUCGACCCCGGCCCGUGUGGCAGCGGUUCCGCCCCGUGGUCUCGACGCGCACUCUAGGUUGCGGCUGUGUUGUCUGGUCCCACCAUGCUGUCUCUAGACUUUCUGGAUGAUGUUCGGCGGAUGAACAAGAGGCAGCUGUACUACCAAGUCCUAAAUUUCGGGAUGAUUGUCUCCUCGGCACUAAUGAUCUGGAAGGGGUUGAUGGUAAUAACUGGAAGUGAAAGUCCAAUUGUAGUGGUGCUCAGUGGCAGCAUGGAACCUGCAUUUCAUAGAGGAGAUCUUCUUUUUCUAACAAAUCGAGUUGAAGAUCCCAUACGAGUGGGAGAAAUUGUUGUUUUUAGGAUAGAAGGAAGAGAGAUUCCUAUAGUUCAUCGAGUCUUGAAGAUCCAUGAAAAGCAAAAUGGGCAUAUCAAAUUUUUGACCAAAGGAGAUAAUAAUGCUGUUGAUGACCGAGGCCUCUAUAAACAAGGACAACAUUGGCUAGAGAAGAAAGAUGUUGUGGGGAGAGCCAGGGGAUAUCAGGAGAACAGAUCAGUGGAGGACAGUAAUUAUUUGUUCCUUAUAUUGGAAUUGUGACAAUCCUCAUGAAUGACUAUCCUAAAUUUAAGUAUGCAGUACUGUUUUUGCUGGGUUUAUUUGUGCUGGUCCAUCGUGAGUAAGAUGUCUGCCUCGCUGUUCCUGGGAAGAUGCUGUGCUUUUUGUUACUGAAUGUCUGGAGUAGAUCCUGGUCUGUGAUUGGCGGAAUGGAGGACACACAUGUUGGAGCGUCUUGGUAGCACUGGUUUGCAUUAGUUUUGUUUCCACACCGAGUCUGUGUGGGCGGGUGCAUGUGUACCAUGGAGUGCACUCAAGGGGACUUUCAAUCACAGGAUUUCAUAUGUUGUCAUUGUCACUCUUUCACAUUUUUGUACAUCAGUGAAUUUUUUAUAUUAAAAGGUUGAGCCAAAGCCCCCAGUGUUUGUAUUUUGAAGCCAAGCUUCACUUCUAAAGUGCCUAUAGAGUUCUGUAAAUGAAAAUGCAGCUCUGCAUGAGUUUAAAGGUGUCAUUCCUCCUUCAAAUUGGAAUGGCACAUAUUAAGGAGGUCAUAGUCUUAACUUUUCAAAAUUUUAAAUAAAAGACUUUGCACAUUGAACCCCUUA